AUGGGAAACGCAAAUAGAAAUGUAAUCUUAUUUUUCAAGACUUACCAAAUUCCUUAAUCAUUUAUUAUAGGUUAUCUUCCAAAUGUUCCAGCAGCUGGUAGACCAAAUGAGGUUAAAAGUGGAGACAAUCAAUUUUAUUUAGAUAUGAAAUUUGAUGCUAUUUAUGAAUGCGAGAUUACAGUCUUUAUUUGUACUUAAGAGUGCAGAAAUGCUUCAAACAUUCCACUUUACCCAGACUAGCCAAAUCCUCAUUCAUAUAAAUUCUCCAAAGGAUUAAGAUAGCAGUUCCCACCUUCAAUUAGCAAUAUAAAUGUGAAUGAAUAUAGACUAGAAGAUCUUAUUAAUACUAAGGGAGACUACUAUCCAAUCGUUAUUAUGAUUGAGUCAAGGUAUCCUUAAGACUACAGUGGAAGAGCGAAAAGAUCCAUUUAAUACACCUAUGGCUGCUUUACUCAAGAAACUCCAGGGCUUCUAAAGUACAAAUUUUUGAAUCAGAAAUUCUUGUAUAACAAUGUUAUCUUUGAUAUGAGUGAUAUUUUUGGUAUUGAUAACGCUGCUGCCAACAUCGCUGAUGAAGCUUAAAAGGAAUGCGUAAUUUGCUAUACAACAACUAAAGACACUGUGGUUCUACCUUGCAGACAUAUGUGCUUAUGUAUUCAGUGCUCUCAAAUCGUUAGAAUGCAAACUAAUAAAUGUCCUAUUUGCAGAACUUAAGUUAGUAGCUUCAUGCAGAUUAAGAUUGAAGGUAAGAAGCAAAACGCAGAUGAUUCAUCUCAUAAACUACUCCCCUCAUCGAAUAUUGAAUGA